CUCCACCACAAAAUUCAACUACAGAUCAAAUUCUGAUACAAAACCAUGUCCAGUAAGUGAUUUAAUUCAAUUAGAUGAUGCAUCCUUAUUGCCUACUCAAAAUAUAUCUUCAGACAAUAUUUUUUCAAAUCUACCUCAAAAUGAUAUAGAAUGGUUUGAUAAUAUGGAAGAUAGAUAUAAUGCAAGCACUGAUGAAAAAUGGGCUGAAUUAGAUAAAACCUUGCUCUAUGACUAUCUAAAAAGAAAAAUCAUAAAGAUAGAAG